GCCGGCAGCUGUAUAUAUACGGCUGUGCGUGCCGGCUGGGAGCAAACUUGGAGUGAGGCAGCUCAGGGGGAAGAGUGCUCCCUGUGCUCUGAACACUGUAAUUGAUUAGGGGGACUGGAUUAUUUCUAAAAUACUAAAACCCACCACGAAAACCUGCUUUCAACAGCUCUUGCUGGAUUGCAUUUUAUUUAGGACUCAGGACUUCUCUCAGGUUCCUCCAAGAAAGAAGGCCUAGGGAACUGCUGAGAACUAGCACCUUGAACAGCUCUCAGUUUUCCUUUGGCGCUAGCACUUUCUCUGCCAUCUUGCCUUCUUCCUCUCCUGGCUGAGCCUUCUCAACCCAUGUCGGCCACUACUACCCCUCUCCGACACAAGCGCUGCCUCCUCCUCCUCUCCAGCAUCAUUUUCUGGGCUGCUCUGGCCCCCACGGUGCUCGCUUUCCCCAUGCAGGAUUCCAACCCCCUCUACCAAUAUGACGGGCAGGUCCGGCUUCGCCACCUCUACACAGCAGAUGACCAAACGCACCUCUACCUGCAGAUUACAGCGGAUGGCACUGUGAGCGGCUCCCGAUACCAGAAUCCCUUCAGUUUGAUGGAGAUCAAAGCUGUGAAGAUGGGAAUCGUUGUCCUGAAGGCCAAGACAACCUCACUGUUUCUCUGCAUGAAGCCGACUGGACAACUCUACAGUGCAAUAUCCUACCGGGAAGAGGCCUGCAACUUCCGUGAAACAGUUCUCCAAGAUGGCUACAACGUCUACUUCUCUGAAAGCUACAACCUCCCGAUCAGCCUCAGUUCAAGAAGGAACCUGAGUCCAGACCAGCCUUUGCCUCCCUUCUCCCAGUUCCUGCCCUUGGUCAACAGGAUCCCCCUUGAACCUGAGCCUGUGGACUACACCUUUCACAGACAGACACCUGAUGUUGAGUCAGAUGACCCCUUCAACUUGCUUGGCCAACAGCCUGACUCCAUGAAUCCAAAUUAUGUCUCUUGGUAGCUCUGGGUCCCCUCAAUCUGUUAGGAAGGGAGAGAACAUGGUCAGACUUUUAGGGCUCGAUCCUGUCCGGAUUAAUUGUCAGCCUCCAGACAUGGAGGCUUAAAAUCAUCAUUGCAGUACAGGAGAAGAGGAAGAUUCCCUCUUUCCCAUCCUGCUCCUCUCCAUCAGCAUUUUUGCUAGACAGCUAUUUUUGGUCGCAUUGUGAAGGUGCUUAGGAGGGGAAGCACAAGGUAACUCCUGUUCUGAUCUCGCCUGGUCCUUACCCCAACCGCUAAAAUACUCCCAUUUUACCUUCUCCAAGGUUGCAUUCCAGCCUCGAAGGGGUGGCUGGUACAGUUCCAGCUGCAAGAAGGAAAGUAUCGGAGUAUAUUAUCUAGGGACCAUUGGACCUUUCCCUUAAGCAGGGUUUUCUCCAAGCAUGAGCAUCUGCAUUCUCUUGCUACAAAUUACAGAGCCAGUCAAAAUUUGGGAGAAAAAGAAGUCUUGAUUGUGCUUGGCGCACAGACUCCAGUGACUGAACCCUUGAAUCCUGCAUCCGAGGUUCCUUUUGUAAUCUCUCAUAUAUGGGGCAACUGAUGCAGUUAAGCGAUCGAUGAAGAAAGCCCACCAGCAAUGGAGGCAAAAUUCUUGUGUUGUUAGGAAUGAAUGAUGCAUCCUUUUCCAAGUGAUGGCUGUUGCUAUUUGUUUUCUCCAGAGUUUUAUUUCUAUUUUUCCUACCUAUUUAAAUAACUUAUUUAUUAUAUGCCAGAUUUAUUUAUUGAAGGAGGCUAGUGAGAUUUAGGAAGGAGAGACAAGGGGUGGCACAGCGAGUAAGCUUCUUUGCCUGGCAAAUAAUUUAUUGGUUGUAAUUUAUAUAGAAAUAUAUAUGUGUAUGUAUUUUAUUUCUGUUUAUUUAUUCCCUUUCUUGAAAAUGGAAUGGCUAGUGAAGUUCCAGCCUGUAAUGUACUGCAGAUAUACUUGUGACAAUCGUGCACCCAAGAUCUUCCAUGCAACCCAACUUGGCUGUUGCAAGCACCACAAGUCAAGGGGCAGGGCAGUGCUGAAAGGAGGUCAUGGGGCCCCAUAGCUCAGAACAGGCCCCAGCAGGACUCUUCUCACAUCUCCCCCGAGGUUGCUGCUCUCUUUAUUAAAGAGAUGGAAUUGAGUUGGCUUCUCACCUCUCCUUCUUUCGAGGUGUUGGGAACCCUCAGUCUUAGGAGCCCUUUCCUGUAGGACGUGGGUACAGAACCUCCAGGGAUCUCUGGGGCUCUCCAGAAAGUGACAUCCUCUUUCCCCCCAGUCACUGAUCGUGUGGUAGCUUCCUGACUUUUGGGCAACCCCUGUCAUCCCAAAAGGGAUGCUACUCCCAAGACUUAAUUCCGGGCAGUUAAGCCACUCAAGCUGGUACUUCUGGCCUUCCCAUUCACCCUUGGCUCUGCCCAGCACUGGGGUUUAGCUCCUAAGAGCUUCUCCAGAAUGGAAUCUGGUCCUCAGAUCAAAAGAAGUUUGUCCUCCUUAAUGCAGGAAGUGUUUCAUGUAAAGGCCACUCAUAUUGGACUCUUUGUAUUGAUUGAUUGAUUGAUAAGCCUGAUUAAGCUUCAUUGCUGUAUUUUUCAGAAGGUUCUAUUCCAGCCAGUGACCUGUGCGAACUUUAUAGUACUGUGAUUGCCCAAAGUUAUUGGUUGUCAUGGCUUGACUUCAAUGUCUCUUCUCUUUUUUUGAUCACUUAGUUGCCUGUGUUUAGUGUAAAAAUGUGUCCAAAGUGUAAACAUCAAUAAAAUAUUUUAUUUAAAAAUAAAUAUUGUGUGGUGAAACAGAAUGAAAAUAAAUGAAUAAAAUUA